AUGAAAGAACAAGAAUUACAAGCUCAAGCAGCAAUGAAAGAACAAGAAUUACAAACUCAGAGGUAUAUUAAAGAAAUGGAGAUAAAAGCAAAAGAAAGGGAAAUGGAAAGGAUGGCCAAGGAAAGGGAAAGGGAGAUGGAUAUGCAAAUACUUAAUGCUGACACGUCUACAAUGAGUGAAAAACGACGAGCUCUUCAUGAGAUUGCAUAUUCAGAAGAAGAAGAUAUCGAUAGAAGCUCUAUCCCAAUUACUCGUAGAUGGAUCAAUAGAGAUCGAGAAGCAGGACAUGAUCACCUUUUUCAAGAUUACUUUGUAGAUGAACCGGUGUAUAAUGCUGACAUUUUUCGAUGGAGAUUUCGAAUGAGAAGACAUGUGUUCCUUCGGAUAGCAGACGCUCUCUCAAACGUCUAUCCGUAUUUCCAACAGAGGGUUGAUGCAACUGGAAGAAGAGGCUUGUCGCCACUCCAGAAAUGUACUGCUACGAUACGGAUGUUAGCAUAUGGCGUAGGAGCUGAUGCUAUUAAUGAUUAUGUGCGCAUAGGCGAGAGCACUACAAUUGAAUGCUUGGAAAAAUUUGUUGAAGGUGUCAUUUCGGUAUUCGAGGAUGAAUACUUGCGAAAACCCAAACUAAAUGACGUACAAUACCUGCUACAAAUGGCGGAGGGUUGUGGCUUUCCUGGCAUGUUGGGUAGCAUUGACUGCAUGCAUUGGCAAUGA